AUGGAUAACGAGGAAAUAAUGUCAGAUAACGAUCGAUUACCUGCUGUUGAUGAUAUUGUAUUAUCAGCCCGAAACAAAGCUUACAAAUUGAUAUCUGUUAUUGGUGAAGGAGGUUAUGGGAGUGUUUUUUUGGCCAGAUGUGAGAAUGAUGAAACAUCGGUAGCAUUAAAAGCUGAGAAAUUCAGUAAAACAGUGUUAAGAAUUGAAAUUGGAGUGUUGCGAGUAGCAAAUCAACGAAAUUGUAAGCAUAUCUGCAAGAUGUACGACUAUGGUCAUGUCAAACAGGAAUUUAUGUUUAUUGUAAUGUCAUUACUUGGGCCAGAUCUUAAUAAACUACGCAAUCAAACUUCCAUUCGAAUAGCAAUGCAAACAUUGAAUGCUAUCGAAGAAUUGCAUCAAUGUGGCUUCCUUUCUCGUGAUAUUAAACCUAGCAAUUUUGCAAUUGGCAAUAAAGCUAAUCAUCAACAUCAUUACAUUUUCAUAUUCGAUUUUGGCCUCGCAAGACGUUAUCUUAAUCGAAAUUUAGAAGUAUUACCAUCACGUGGUGAAAUGGGUUGGCGUGGUACGACACGAUACGGUUCAUUAAAUGCUCAUCAUAGGCAAGAUUUAUCAAGACGUGAUGAUUUGGAAUCAUGGUUAUAUAUGAUGGUUGAACUUACUAAAGGAUCACUUCCAUGGCGUUUGACUACUGAUCGUUUACUUGUACAAAAAGCUAAAGAAGAAGCACGUACAACAAAAAAAGAUGAAUUUUUUGAAAAUUGUCCAUUACAAUAUGAACAAAUUUUGCAAAUUAUUGAUAAAUUACAAUUUGACGAAACACCACCAUAUGCUACCAUUUAUAAUAUUUUAAAUGAAAUAGCAGAUGAAAACGGCACUGCAUUAACGGUGGGAUAUGAUUGGAAUGAUAGCAUAUCAUCGAUAACAACAUCUACUUCUAAUGCAAUAAGCCUUGAUCAUAGUCCAUCAAACAAUCAUAAGGAGAAAAAUAUUGGACAAGAUUGCUUGUCACGUGAUGACUUACCAGUUCAAUAA